AUGACGUCGACCACGCUGAUCACUUUCCUACUUUCUGCCCCCCUCAACACGAGAUCAGUCACCCUCCUUGGCUCAUGGGAUAAUUUCUCUCGGCCCUAUGCCAUGGAGCGGGACAAGCGCGUCGGUGCUGGCCACUGGCGCGGCUGCUAUACAUUUACCGACAUCGUUUGCGAUGGCUCGCCCAACAAUCUCUCGCCGGGACGCACAGGUGGUCUGAAGAUGGGGGGCACGUAUUGGUAUUAUUAUACGUUGGACGAUGAUAUAGAAUUUUACAACCAUGCUGAGCCGGUGACCACCUUGUGUCCUUUUCUCCCGGGUCAACCGGUGAAUGUCCUUCAUGUUCCCAUUAUUCUUCCAGAUAGCAUUAGCAGUCACAGCCGGGACGGAAGCAUGAGUUCGCAACACUCAGACUAUCGAACCAUGGAUCCCGAGGCCAAAUACAUGAAUCCGAGGAAGCCCCCUCGUCCUCAAUUAACCCGCCUUCGCACAUCUCCGCCACUGAUCCAACCGCCAAACCCGCUGUGGUCUUUUAAUGCCAGCCCGCUCGGCGUGAUUACCAACAAGGGAACCCCCCGGUCACAUAGUGCCAACGGCCGUGCUGACCGCCGAGAUAUCGAGACGGGCCACAGCACUGUCAAGGCUGCGCGGUCGGUCUCGCCUCCCCGAUCUAGAGGGUUCAGAGCGGCGUUGCGGUACUUCAAUACUUCCACUACAGAUAUUGACGCGCGAAGCGGCAACAAGGAGCUUGUCGCCGAACCAAGUGUCAAGGACCUCGUUUGCGACCAGCUUCCCCUGCGCCAACCAGACUCGUCCGAAAAGCGCCAGCUCACAUCUGUGCCCAUUCAGACCCGGCGUGUCCUCAAUCCUCGCUCAAGAGAUGCCUCGCCGUUGCGGAACUUUUUGACGGUGGAAACCAAACCUAACAGAAAAGACCACCACCACCACCACCACCAACCCCCCGUCCAGGAAGAAAAACCGGUCACGGCGGAGCGUCUGCCACCGACGAAACAAUUGGCCCCCCCGAAGUCCUCACCCCCAUUCUUCAACACCCCCGUGGAGUUGCCGGCUCUGCACGACCAAACGACCCCCACUGCUGUUAACUGCAAGGAAAAGAGACUCCCAACUCUCCCAAGCACCCCAUCAUCCGUCAUGGAUGAGGCCUUGCGAAUCAUUAAUUAUGGGAAUGACUCUCUGGACAUGGAGGUGUUGUGCAGCCAUUUCUCCGACUUCACCGUGAUCGAUGAAUCCAGCGCCGAAAGUUCGCCGAUAGAGAGAAGCCACUUCUCUGAAUGGAGCCUGGACACGGAGGCGAUUUCGCCAGAGUCCAUGACUUCCUCGUUGAUCUUCGACAAAGAAAAGCCUUCCUCCGAGGAGACGGGAACCGACUCGUCCUUUCCGGAAGAAGAUCUCGGCCCUGAGACACCUGUCAUCCCUACAAUGAUCUCCCGGCCAUCCUCCCCACCCUCAGUCGCGGGCGACUACACCUCUUCCCACUUCCAACCCCUACCGUCCCUCCGUCUCUCCCUCUCCCUGUCGCCGUCUGAUCUGCAUUUCCCCGGUCUUUCCAUCGACGAGUGGGACGUAGCCCCCAGCAACCCGAAACGCCAUGCAGCUCUCUUCGAUGCGAUGCAGGAUCUCAACCUGGCCACUCCGCAGCCGUCCACUGUUGUCUUCCCCGACGAUGUUCAGCAGGAUCUGAGCACGCCGCGCUGCGCCGGCCAGAAUCGCUUGAGCGAUACCCGCUUUGCCAACUCGGCAGCCAUGCAGGAACUGAUGGAUGAGCUGAGCUAUUUGAAGACCAUGAUCGAAUCCGGUGCCAGUGAAUUCAUCAAUUAG